AUGGCGCAGUCCGCUCUCUACCCCUCGGAGCAUCGCACUCUACGGGUACUCGAACUCGCCUGCCCCGACUCUGACGCAGACUUGCGCGAGAACUGCGCUUACCUUGUAUCGCAGCGUCGCAUGACGAUCGACGAAGCAAUCGACUAUGUGAAGGGCGAGGAGGUAAAGGGCAAGAACUCCGCCGCCACAUUGAUGACUACCACGGCACCGUCGCGCGCAAGAGUGACAACAACAGGUGCAACGCGAGGCACAGUGGCAGUGCCAGUCGUAGCGCCGGAAGCCUCCUUACGCAGCUCGUCAAGGUCAAACCGACCACCGCCGGCCUGUCCACGCCCGCGUGCGUGUGAGCGCGAGAGCAGCGAGGCGGGCGACGACAACGUCUGGGGUGCUUAUCCUCACGGGUACCGGCCAGCAAGCACGCAGCCUUCGACGACCACGGAAAGCACAACGGCAGCGACAUGCGCGGUGCCUGCAUCGGUGAGAUCAGCGGCAGCACCGCCAAUGCCGGCGGACACGCCUGACGAGAUUCGCACGUCGGCUCACCGUACGACACGCCAGCAGUACCCCCAGAGGGUAUCAGCUCUGACGGUGACGCCGCCUGUGGGAGAGACGAGCCCCCAAUCGCUGCUGAAAGGGCAGGGAGAACGCUGUAUCUCGGAUGGCACCGCUGGCACUGUGACCGCGCCAGGAGCGGACGCAUCGCCCUUACGUAGCCUAGGGCGACUGGGCCAGAGCGACAGUGAGCCGCAAGUCCUUCGCGAGGCUUCCGUUCCCAUAGUCGAGGACGCGGAGCGGGUUAAUGGAUCGAGCGCGCCACUUGCGUCGAGGCCGGGGCGGGAUGCGUACAAGGGUGGCGCGACGACAGCUAAAGCCUCUCCUGCGUCUCUUCCUCAGAGACGGCCGCUGCCACCCUGGUCCUCGGUGCUGCUUUCUUCAGCCUACCCCGGUCGCAACGAGGGCGAAGCAGACGAUGACGCAGCGCUCAAGGCGGCGGGACAGAGAGAUGCAGAGGAUGGGGGUUACUGCAACACCGAGCCGCUGCUAUCGGAGCUGAAGCAGGCCACGGAGGAGGAGCGUGCCGCCUUCGAGUCACAGCAAGCUGACAUGAUGUACUACUGGUACCGUGAGGAAACCUCCAUGUUUGACCACUGCCUCUCACGCUACGGGCCAGGGCAGGUGCUGUUCUUCACGACGAGCAUGACCGGCGAGCGCGCGGUGCGUGAUCAUUGCCGGCUUAUGCAGAACUUGCUCUUCAUCAAGCUCAUCCCACACCACACGAUUGACAUCGCCGAUAGCGAGUUCUUUCAGCGGCGUGUGCGACGCCUCUGCUCAGAUGCCACCGGGACGCACCACAUGCCAGGGAUGCCGCUUCUUUUCGUGGACACGACGCUGAUCGGCGACCUCGUCACGGUGCAGGAACUGGAGGACUGUGGUGAACUGGAUGCAAAGAUGAUCGAGGCUGGCUGCCGGGUGUUGCGGCGGCGCGUCCUCGACGCGUAUGGACGCAGGCGAGCCGGUCUCGUGGCUGUGCCGCUGAUGCUGCCCGUGAAUAAGAGGCCUGCUGCAAUGAGUGUUGACCCCGGGAGGCCUUCUUCUACUGCCCCUGUCGGCGUUUCGAGACCCAACGUAACGUUAGGCCGUUGCGCCGUCGCCGGUGGAGGGAAACUAUAA